AUUGUAAAGUAAGAGAGAAGGAUGUGAAGAUACUUUUUUUUUCCUGUAUAGAUUAACGUUAGGGAUUCCUUUCAAAGCUAGAAGAGUGGUUUUCUGUAGUUGGUCAGGGCAGAGGAUUACAACAUAAUAGGCCAGGUGUUUCUGUAUGGGAUUGAAGCUAAGUUCCUGGAGGCAGAUGGAUCAUGAAAUCCUAUUACGAGGCUCAAGCCCAGGUCAUGAAGACAUGGCUAAAUGUACCAAGAAGGUUGGGAUCAUGGGUAAAUAUGGGACCCACUAUGGAGCCUCCCUCUGGAAAAUGGUGAAGAAAAUUGAAAUCAGCCAGCAUGCCAAGUAUACUUGCUCCUUCUGUGGCAAGACCAAGAUGAAGAGAUGGGCUGUUGGCAUCUGGCACUGUGGUUUCUGCAUGAAAACAGUGGCUGGUAGAGCCUGGACCUACAGCACCACCUCCGCUGUCAUGGUCAAGUCUGCCAUCAGAAGACUGAAGGAACUGAAAGACCAACAGAAGCACUGCCAUUUGGGACAUCCCCAGCCUGCAAUAAAUGGGUUAAUUUAUGUGACAAAAAUAAUCUUAUGUAUGUGA